CUUAUAUAUUGCUGGAGCUGCCAUGUCAGAAGGAGAGAGCAAGGAGAGUGUGGGCAGUGAGUGUCCUGUGUGCUAUGAGAAGUUCCGGGACCUUGAAGGAGCCAGCCGAACCCUGAGCUGUGGCCACGUCUUCUGCCAUGACUGCCUCGUCAAGUACCUACUUUCAUGCAAAGUGGAUGGGCAGAUUCAAAGGACCAUCAUCUGUCCUAUCUGCCGCUAUGUCACCUUCCUCAGUAAAAAGAGCUCCCGCUGGCCCUCUCUGUCAUCAGAGAAGAACCUCCAGACCUUGGUGGUCCCCAUGGGCCUGGACAACCUGCCUUUGGGACACACAAACCCUCUAACCAUUCCCCACCCUCUCUGGGUUUCUUCCCAAGGUCAGACCAACCAAAGUCCAUUUCCCAGAGACCUGCUGCCUGGCCUUGUCCAAGAGCCCCAGAUCUUUAUCAUCAGUUCCCACGGAAUGCCCCUCAGGGAGGAGGACAGUGUCCUGCCGAGGCAGAGCCUAGCUAACCUCUCUGAAGUGUCCCCAGCACGAAGAAGCUCUCUCUGCUCACGCUGCUGUCAUUCUCGAGUAAUGCUGCUGAUAGCUCUCAUUACAGUAGUGGCUGUAAUAGCUACUAUCCUGCCCUGGAUCCUAUUGGUGAGGAAGGAGGCAUGACUUUGUCUAGGGAUGCAUCCCCAUUAAAAAGAAGUCCCAGAAGCUGAGAAGCUUCUGGGCCAAGGAGAAACACAGGGAGCACAGCCCCACAUGAUCACAGACAUUUUCAGCAUUAGCAAGGAAAGGAAAGAUGUCUUGAGGGACCCUGACACUAAAAACUUUGCUGAUUCUAACUAAGCAAGUCACUCAGAAUUCUCAGGCAGGGCUGGCUGACCUAGGAGAUGAGAGCAUAAUUCUGCUACAAAAUUAUGAAAAGUGAUGGGUUUUUUCCUACCAGCUAGCUCAGGAAGGAGUCAGCUCAAGAGAAGUUAAAGGCAAGAUAAAGUGCAUCUUCUUAUUACUUACUCAGUCUCAAAGUCCAAUCGGGAGAUGGAGAUUCUGGAGGCUGGAACUGGGACUUGAAGGGUUGAUCCUGAAAGGUUAGUAUGUCAAAGUAACCCCAGAUAUCUACUGGGAAACUUGUGCUUGAAUGAAGAUCAGCUAAUAACCAAGGUCCCCUUCCCUCCAGUCCCAGUUCAGAGCAAUACUCAUAAGGAGGAAGGAUCCCUACCUACCUGACCAAGGAGCAGAAGAUGCCAAUUCAUAGACAGCCUCAGUACUUGGGGGUCUGAUAGCCUUCACUUCUACCACAUGGCCCCAAAGAAAUGAUGGCCCUUAGGGAGGCAUCUUAGUAAGCCAGAUAAAAGGGGGAUCUCUAAAAAAGGCCUUUCCUUCCUUUCCUUUUCAGGCAGAAUUGAAUCCAGAGGAAAGCAGAGAGUAUUGAGGCUGCUUCUACCCUCUUCUUGAAAGAUCCUGAACCCUUUUCAUUCCCUCCAGGGAAGGCUCUAUUGCUCACUGAUUUAGCAUGAGGUCAGAAAAAAGCCUCACUGAUGAAAAGAAGUUCUAUCUUGCCAAAAAGGCAUUCAGCUGGAGAGAAAUUGGGUCAUGGUUAGGAGGCCUAAAGAUGUUUUCCCCAAAUCAUCCCAUACUUCCUAAAUCUGGCUAAAGUUGUUAUGUAAAAAGGGAGGCUGAAUAGGGUACAUACAUACAGUUCACUGACCUCUCAAAAAUGAAGUAAUUGGAUCAAGGAGUUUAACACUGUCUAUGGUGGAUCCAGGAAUUGAGGUCUUACAACAUCCUCUGUUGACUAGAAACUAAUAAAUAAAUAAUAAUUAUUAUUAUUAUCAUGGAUGUAAUACUUUAAAGUUUAC